UUCAGUCAAACACAAUAUGAAAGAUUCGCGAAAUUCUGUAGAGGUUUUUUUUCUUUGUUUGAAGUUUUAAUUUCAAACGAACAUCGUAGAUAAAUAGGUGAAGACGAAUAGUUUUCUUGAAGCCAGGUCAAUCUUCAUGAGAUUAUUGAGAUUGUGGUUUGACAAGUCAUUAGUAAUUAGUAGUAGUAGUUUAGUAGUAGUACAUAUUUAGUUUUAGUAUAGUAUAAGUAUAAUUAUAAGUACUAGUUGUACAAUUCUAAGUUCUAGUCUUCUAGUCAUUAAAAAAUAACCAUUUAUUUGUUACAAAUAUUGAUUAUCUAGAACUUUAACUUAGACUGUAACUGUAGUAUUAGUAUAGUACAGUAUAGUCUAUGUUAUUAGUAGUAAUAAUUCUGUUAGUCUGAACUCAGUUAAACUAAAAAAAGAACUGAAGACUACAACUACAACUAUUGAUUAUGCCAAUGACUGUGAAUGAUAGUAUAGUAUAAUUUAGAAUGAUUAUUAUGAUUUUGACAUAAUAAUAAUAAAAAUUAUGGGGUAAAUUAGGGCUAGGCUAAAUAUCUAAAAAUUAUUCAUAUUUGUAAUUUGUAGUAGGUUAGUAAGUGGUAGUGACUAAUAAUUAUAAUAUUUUUUAUUUAUUUUGAGUCAUAUCUAAUCACUAAUCAUCAUAUGACAAUGAUGGUCGAGUAUCAGUUUGACUAUGAACUGUAUACUCUACUAUACCACAGGCCUGCACAACUCAAAAUGUAAUGCGGGCCAUAAUGAAAACUUGUGCGGGGCCAAAGAAAAUAGGACAGGGGGAAAGCUAUUAAUUUAAUAAGAAAAUAAUAAGAAUAAAGAAUAUUUUGUUACUUCGCGGGCUGUAAAGUGGGUGCUGGCGGCCGUAUAUUGUGCAGAAAUGCUAUACCAUAUUCAUACAAAAAUGAUAAAUCAAAUUUACAAGUAAGAUAAUCAGGCUGUGACAGUGACAAUCAGAUCACAUAAUGACACAGUUUCAGUUUGUUAAUACUCUCCAUUCUAAGAUUUACCUGGACCUGAGCCCCAUCUGAAAAUCAAGAUUUUGCCUUACAUACUGGCUAUUUUAGCCUUGUGCUUUUAACUAAAAUUUUAAUCAUUUUACUUAGAAUUUAAAAUUUUAAGUGGGGCCUAUAUUUUUAUUCCUCUGACUGAUGACUGACACUAACAUUUGCUGUCAUAUAGCUCACUUUGAACAGCAGGCUUCUACAACCUGGGGUGCGAGCAUCCCCCUGGGUGUGUGAAUUGGUAUUGCAGGGGGUGUGAGGAGAAGUGAGAAUAUAUGAUAUAAAUAUUUAUAAAUAUUUUUUGUUUCUUCACUUACAUUUAAUUUUAUGCAAUAUUAAUAAUAAGUUACAGAAUUUGUUUUUUUUAAUUUCAAAGAUGCUUUGUUGCUUUUGUAGGGGGUUCGUGUCGUGGUCUAACAAUUAUAGGAGUAGCAGAGUAUAGAAAAGUAUCUGCUGUAACUUGUUGGUAAGUGAAUUAAAACAAAUCACUGGCAUAUUCAUCUUGUCAUAGUAUUGCCUGUUUAAUUCACAUUUGAUAUAUUUCAUAUUAUGAAUUCUAUUUCCAUGAUGUUCAACUGUUUGAGUGAACUGUAUUAAUAAUACUGUAAUAAUAUGAAUAUAACUAUUAAUAAUAUCAAUUUUAUAUUUCUAGUAUUUUCAUUCAAUAAAGUUCAACUAUGGGCAGAAUAUUUCUCCAACACAUUGGUGGUUCUCGUCUUUUCACUUGUGGCAACUGUAAUAUAGCUUUGACUAACAGAGCAGAGCUGAUUUCCACUCGCUUUACUGGUAACUUUUUUUUCAUAUGUCUUGAAGUUGGAGAAUUGUUUUUCUUGAUAGUAAUGAUUGAUAGUAACGAUAGUGAAUUAUCAGUCUUAAGGUUAACUACUUGGAAUACUUUAAAAGUACCAAAUUUAAAUAUUUUAUUUUAUUGGAACUUGCAUUGGUAACUAUUAUUUUUUUGUCUCUUUUCAUCAGGUGCCACAGGAAGAGCCUUCCUUUUUAACAAAGUAGUGAACCUACAUUAUAGUGAAGUCCAGGAUCGUGUUAUGCUAACAGGUCGGCAUAUGGUACGAGAUGUUUCGUGUAAGUCAUGCAACUCUAAAUUGGGAUGGAUCUAUGAGUUUGCCACAGAAGACAAUCAGAGGUAUAAAGAAGGACGUGUGAUUCUUGAAAGAGCUUUGGUACAUGAAGUUGAUGGCAUGGACGAACCUAUAGUGAAUGAUAGUUGAAAAAAAUUGGCUUAAUUCCAGUCGUUUGACAUCACUCUCUGUUUAUUUAUUAUCUUUCCAGAGUUGUAAAGACAAUCUCAUAUAUAGUAUAUAGCAUUUUGAAUGUUGCAAUUAAAGUUAUUUUUAAAUAGUGGUUGCUAUUGCAGUAGUUUAAUGGACUGCAAAAUCCAGACCAGGAUGAUUUUUCAUUCAAAUUACAAAACAUCACUUAAUAUUUCUUUAAUGAAUUCCAUCAGAUUGAAUUAUUUAACAGGCAGCACAACUGACUUUGAUCAUUAAUAAUAUUUCUAUGGAAACAUGGAUAGCUUUAUCCUUCAAUACAAUUCUGGGCUAUAGUGUUGUAGAUGCUGUUUUGCCAAAUGACAUGUCACAUUAUUAUUAAAAUGAAUGAAAAGGUUGAUUCUCAGGUACUGUUGCUUUUCAAUUCUAAUUUCAAAAACAUGAAAACUCCAGUGUUUUAAGUUUAAGCUAAAGUUCUAUGGGUUAAUCAUAUCAGAGCUACUUCCUGGGUCUCUUAAACUUUGACUACAGAAAUAGAUAAAAUAUUUAGCCUACUAUUUUUAUAGAUAUUGUUAUUUGAUGAUCCAUCAAAAUUUUGAGAGAAUAACACUAUUGAUGAGAUGAAUUAUCCUGUAGAAUUUCAACUUUCUAGGAUAUGGGGAAGUUGUAAAGGACAGAAAAAAACAAAUUUUAGAUUGAAGUGCUCUUGACUAACAUGGAAUCAAAGUUAAUGAAUGUCAUUUUUAUUUAAAAACAUGUAUUAUUGAAGGUGUUCAUCAAUGGAGAAGAGCUAUGAAAAUUAAAUUAAUUGAUUUUAAAUUGGUAUCCAAUAUGUCUUUUUUCAGGCUGCUAUUUGUUGCCUUAUUCAUGUCAUUUUCAACAAUUUUGUGUAGCAAAUGGAAUUGUGGUUAACUUUAGCUUUUAUCUCAUUUGUGUGAUAAAAGCUAAUGAAACAAUUAUCUUGUACAAGACUGUAGUAAGCAACCAUAUACAUUGUAGUGAUACAUUUAUCAGUAACAUUUUUACUUCUGCAAUUAGUUACAUAAGUUAAGAUAAAAAUUUUGUGGCAUUUCAAACUAACUUUUUGCCAUUAGAAUGUCAUUUUUCAAUUAAAAUACAUUUUGACUCCCAACCAGGGUUUCUUUCAGCUAUAUCGGGG